AUGUCAGCUCCAGUUGUUCACGAUGCCGCUUGUAUCUUUUGCAAGAUCAUAAAGGGUGAUAUUCCAUCUUUCAAAUUGAUCGAAACCAAAUACACAUUCUCCUUCUUGGAUAUUCAGCCAACCGCUCAAGGUCAUGCAUUGAUUAUCCCCAAAUAUCACGGUGCCAAAUUGCAUAAUAUUCCCGAUGAAUACCUAACCGACAUCUUACCAGUUACUAAGAAGAUCGCUAAGGCAUUGGGUUUGGAAAAAGACGAUGUGGGGUACAAUGUCUUGCAAAACAAUGGUAAGAUCGCUCAUCAAGAGGUGGACCAUGUGCAUUUCCAUUUGAUUCCAAAGAGAGACAAAGAAACUGGGUUGAUUGUCGGAUGGCCUGCACAAGAAACAGACUUCGAGAAAUUGGGCAAGUAUCAUAAGGAAGUGCUUGCAAAGUUGGAACACUCUAAUUAA